AUGGACUCUACAGGUGGACCAGGACCUUCUUUUACAAAGAUACAACUGAUAAUCCGUUUUUCAAACGGAGACGAAGACAUAUGGUUGAGUAUUGAUAAAGAAUCCACAGUAAGAGAGUUAAAGGCCCGGCUUCGGGAGCUGCGUCCAGAAGUACUUUCUUCACGAGGGAUAAGACUUGUUUAUCUUGGGAAAAUACUCCGUAAUGAUGCAGUGCUUUUGGAAGCUUUAAAACGGCGACCUUCAGGACGGCCGGAGGUAUUGCUUCAUUGUAGUAUUAAUGAUGAAAUGGAGGUAGAUGCAGAUGAAGAAAGAAAUAUACAACAUGAUUUAAAUAUUACACCGUUACCGCUUGGAUUUAAUCGUCUACGAGAAGUUGGGUUUUCUGAAAGAGAAAUUGCACUUUUACGUGAACAAUUUUUGCUGAUUCAUGGGAGAGAUUCUCAGAAUACUGAUCCUAAUGUUGCAUCGGAAUUGGAAGAGGAAUGGAUUAAUCAAACAGCUUUGGAAAAUAUUGGACAAGAAGAAGAAGGUGCAUAUGAGGAUAUAAUAAUCGGUGCAAGCAUUGGUUUUUUAGGGGGCAUCAUUGUACUAUUUUUUAUUUGGGAACCAAAGAUAUUUUCUAGAAGGAGACAAAUGGCAAUUAUUGCUGGUAUUAUGAUUAAUCUUUUCUUCGGAUUUCUAAGACUAUAA